AUGAUGACUCUAAAAGUCUGUCCAAGCCUUUUGCUAUUAUUCUUAGCUCAUUCUGUGUGGACUCGAACUGUGAGACAAGUUUAUGAUGACCUGGAUCCUGAACAUUGGUCUCACUACACUUUUGAGUGUCCACAAGAAUGUUUUUGUCCUCCUAGUUUCCCCAAUGCAUUAUACUGUGAUAACAAAGGUCUUAAAGAAAUACCUGCAAUCCCAGCAAGAAUUUGGUACCUCUAUCUUCAAAACAACCUAAUUGAAACAAUUUCAGAUAAACCUUUUGUGAAUGCCACUCAUCUCAGGUGGAUAAAUCUGAACAAGAAUAAAAUCACCAACAGUGGAAUUGAGAGUGGUGUGCUGAGCAAGCUGAAAAGGCUGCUUUACUUGUUCCUUGAAGAUAAUGAAUUGGAAGAGGUGCCUGCUCCAUUACCAGUGGGCUUGGAACAGCUAAGGCUGGCUAGGAACAAAAUCUCCAGAAUCCCAGAAGGAGUCUUCAGCAACUUGGAAAACCUUACUAUGUUAGAUCUGCACCAGAACAAUUUGUUGGACAGCGCUCUUCAAAGUGACACCUUCCAAGGACUCAAUAGUCUUAUGCAACUCAACAUAGCAAAAAAUUCACUCAAAAAGAUGCCUUUAAGCAUUCCAGCUAACACACUGCAGCUGUUUUUAGACAACAACUCCAUUGAAGUGAUACCAGAAAACUACUUCAGUGCAAUACCCAAAGUGACUUUCCUUAGGCUGAACUACAAUAAACUAUCUGAUGAUGGUAUUCCCCCAAAUGGGUUUAAUGUUUCAUCUAUUCUAGACUUACAGCUGUCUCAUAACCAGCUCACUAAAAUUCCACCUAUCAAUGCUCGUCUUGAGCACCUUCACCUUGAUCACAACAGAAUCAAAAGUGUCAAUGGUACUCAGAUAUGCCCAGUCUCAAUUACUGUAGCAGAAGACUACGGUUUUUAUGGUAACAUACCUCGCCUCCGCUAUCUACGCUUGGAUGGAAAUGAAAUUCAGCCUCCAAUUCCAUUGGACAUCAUGAUAUGUUUCCGACUACUGCAAGCUGUUGUCAUAUAA